GAAUGAAAAGCAUGACAAAACCUGAAAAAAAUUAAAAUUUUAAAUAAAUUAAAUAAAAUUUAAAGUAAAAAACAUAAAAACUCACGAAAAUGUCAAGUGAACCAUCGAUGGCGAAAGAAGCUGUGCUUCAACAAAGCGCCAAACUACCAGAAUCCACGCCGACAGUCAAGGGUUAUGACUUCAACAAUGGCAUAAAUUACCAUGAGUUGCUCAAUUCUUACAAAUAUUCCGGAUUUCAAGCCACAAAUUUCGGAAAUGCUGUCGAAGAAAUCAAUAAAAUGAUUGAAUGUCGCAACCAACCACUGCCGGAAGACAAACAAGACAUUUACGAAGAAGACGAAUUUAUAAAACGCAAACGGAAUUGCACAAUUUUCCUCGGUUACACAUCAAAUAUGGUUUCAGCAGGCAUCCGGGAGAGCAUCAGAUAUCUCGUGGAACACAAAAUGAUCGAUUGUAUUGUGACGACAGCGGGCGGAAUUGAAGAAGAUUUCAUCAAAUGUUUGGCUCCCACAUUUAUUGGUUCCUUCGAGUUGGAUGGCAAAACGUUACGUGAUCAGGGAAUCAACAGAAUUGGGAAUCUUCUCGUGCCAAAUGACAAUUAUUGUAAAUUUGAAAAUUGGGUGAUUCCGUGCCUCGACGAGAUGUUGGAGGAGCAAAAGACAAAAGGAACCGUUUGGAGUCCUUCGAAAAUUAUUGAAAGAUUAGGAGAACGGAUUAAUGACAAAAGUUCAAUUUAUUAUUGGGCAGCGAAGAAUAAAAUUCCGGUAUUUUGUCCCGCACUCACGGAUGGAAGUCUCGGCGAUAUGAUGUAUUUUCAUUCAUUCCGUAACCCCGGAUUGGUAGUUGAUAUUUUGUCGGAUCUCAGGAGACUUAACACGAUGGCAGUCAAAGCUGUUAAUUCGGGAAUUAUCAUUUUGGGCGGCGGCGUGAUCAAACAUCACAUUUGUAAUGCAAAUCUGAUGAGAAAUGGGGCAGAUUUUUCCGUUUUUAUCAAUACGGGAGCCGAAUACGAUGGAAGUGAUAGCGGAGCAAGGCCUGACGAGGCAGUUUCAUGGGGAAAAAUCAAACGGGAGGCAACAGCGGUGAAAAUUUAUGCAGAAGCAAGUCUUGUAUUUCCACUUUUGAUCGCCGAAACAUUCGCGAGAAAUAAAAAUGACGAAAAAUAAGUGAAAAUUGGGA